CAAACGGAGUCGCCAAAAAACUGAUCGCUGAGAGAUCAUCCUCGCGUCGAGUGUCGUCGAAGCGUCGCGCCACUCCAGGCGUCGAUUCUCAAAAUAAUACCACGAUCAACAUGACCAAAACGCGUUCAUCGCGAAUGAUCAAUGAUCGAUCGAUUUAUUCGACACCUCGUGUGUGUACCUCGCCCGAUAUCGAGCUGUAAACACAACAGGAGAGGUCGUCGAGUGUGUGUCCGCGACACGAGCACUUCAUUGAUAUUUCCAGGUAACGCGAGAGAUACAAGGCGGUCUGGUUCAGUCUGCAACGAUACUGGUCGUUGAUAACGAUCGAGGAACUCUGCAAACAUCGCUAGGAUCCACCAAAGACGCUCGUACGCGACGUCAAACGGGGUCAGACGUUAACGUUUCGGAGGCACAGGGGUUCGAAAGGUUGGUUCGAGGAAGUUUGAACAAGUUUGAACGAGUUUGAAGGGGAUUUUCGACCGCCUGGACGACGAGGGAAUCGAGAGGAACUGGGAAUAUCGCCUGUACGUGAAGAUCACACGACGUCAAACCGGCUCAAACGGGCUCAAACAUCGUCAAACAUGGGCAAACAUUAGCGUUUAAAAGCAGAUUGAGCUGGAUGAGGAUAGAGUUUGAGGGAUUAUGAUCGUUCGGGGGAUCCAAAGGCUGGUUUGAAGAGAUUUGAGAGGGAUUUUGAUGAGAAACACGAGGAACUGAGGGGCUCUAGCUGUGCGAUGCGGACGAAGGGGACGCCCCGAUUUUGGAGCGAGGACGCUUAGCACCUCGCGUUCGGUUUGUUCCUGGUUCGUUGCCCUCCGUUUUUCUCUGUUUGAGUGUAACUUUUGUGCGACACAACGAUGGAUUUGAGCACCACGCCGAGGAGAGCGACGGAGGGCGUGGGCGACCUUCAGAAAACGCGCGUCGCGAAGAGCGUGUUCAGCAUCCGGAGCCUCGUGGACGUCGAGGAAGCGGAUCUUCCGGCCACUGACGACAUCGAGAGGACGCAAAAUCAUUCGACGCGAGGAGGAGGCGUCGAGCAAGCUGUCCCGCAGACGAGUCCUGCGAGCAGCACGAGCAGCUCGAGCCAGGCGAACCAGGUGAGCCAACCGUCUCACCAACAAUCGGCGCUGCCACCUACGACGACGACACCUCAAUCCGCGCAAAUGGGAAUCUCCACGGAUGAGGCGAGGCCGGAGGAGGAGAGCAACCACCCCAGAGCAGCGCCGACCAGCCCUGAGAGCGAGGCGGAGGCCGACGACUUCGCUCCGAAAAGGAAGCAGCGCAGAUAUAGGACUACCUUUACCAGCUUCCAGCUAGAGGAACUCGAGAAAGCUUUCUCGAGAACUCAUUAUCCCGACGUGUUUACCAGGGAGGAACUGGCCAUGAAGAUUGGACUCACGGAAGCUCGAAUACAGGUCUGGUUUCAGAAUCGUCGUGCAAAGUGGCGGAAACAGGAGAAGGUCGGGCCCCAGGCGCAUCCGUACAAUCCGUACUUGGGAUCAGGUGCACCGCCGCCAUCGGCGGUCGUAGCGCCGACCUUGCCGAACCCUUUCGCCCACCUGGGCACGUUUGCCCUGCGGAAACCCUUCGACACGUUUCGUUACCCACCUCUGGGUCACGGACCGGUCCUUCCUGGUAGUUACACCGCUCAUCCCUAUCAUCGUGCACCGCCACCUUUGCUACCGCCCGGGAUGCCUCUGCCUUACACGUCGGCCGCGUCCUUCCAGAGCCUAUUGGCCAACAUAUCCGCGGCCCAGCGGCCGAAAUUGGUGCGCGGCUCGCCCCCACCCCCGCCCCCGCCACCUCCAGCGCCAGCGAUCAACCUGCCGCAUCCUCCAGUUCCAGCGCCACCGCAGACCGCCAGCUCGCCCCAGGGAUCGCCCACGGGCAGCGUCGGGCUCCCAGACAUCGACAGAAGGACCAACAGCAUCGCGUCACUGCGACUGAAGGCCAGGGAGUACGAGCUGCAUCUCGAGAUGCUGCGCAAAAACGGCGAUCUCAUCAGCUGAAGUGCCACCAGGGACGCCACAGGAACCCGGGCUGCCAUCUGUGGGGGACACUCGCGUGGAACGAUCCAGGCUCCAUCUCGCGGAUAAUCGUGGGCCUCACGUGACGAUCUCUUUCCUGCAGUUUCCUCCGAACCCCCGAAUCGAGUAACCCGACGGUAAGGAAGCUCAAUCUGCUCGACACAGGCCACCAACGCGAUCGUGGAUCGCUGUGGAUCGCGAUCACGUACGUAUCGUGCAAGAUACGAGCCAAAGAACCGACCCAAGUGACGAGGACACUUUACGUUUUUACUGUACGCGAAGGAAGGUGACAUCAAUCCGUCGAUCCUUCUUCCUGUGAUCACUCGUGCCUUUGUUACGCGAUCUUAAUCUUUAGGAGACGUAGUUUCGAAUCGCAUAAGGGCGUGAAACGAAUCCAACGACGAUAAUGGCUGCCCAAAGCUAUUGGAAAGCGACUUAUCGUCGCUCGAUCGACGCCUGUUAUGGCAUUCGGAUACUUUCGAUUUAUUCUAGGCCCUUUUUGCCUCGUGCAAAUAUCCCUUGCGAUGAUACACACUCGAGCAACGCGAUACCAACGCACGAUUUCGAGGGUCGCGCGUCUUCGUCGAUCAACGCGAACUAACGUUUCGAAAAAUGAACAUUUAAAUAAAAUUCGUUUUUCGAAUGAUCGUCCGCGUUGUCGUUGCUUUUUCGCGCGGAUCGCGACCCGCGGAACCGUCCAAACGAGACAGUUUUCACGACGUUCGUUCGGAGAAGAACGAUAUACCUGUCCACGUACAAACGAGUUUCAACGACCUCCCUCUCAAGAUGUCACAGACGUAAGAACGCGAGACUGUAUGGAAGUUUACAGUGUACCUGGCGAGACUAGGACCACGAAUUUUUUUAAGAACGUCUUUAAAAUCUCUAUCUCGAGAUCCGCGUUUCGCGUAAAUUCGAAUUUCCCGCGCGAUCUCGAUUUACGAAAUCGCGAGCGAUAGAUUUCAAAGACGGUUCGGGAUAUUAAAGCCUGUAGCUCGCCACGUAUUCAGCGAUUCCAAAAGUAACUUUUUAAGCGAAACAUCAUCGAGAAAAGAUGUCCGUCCAGAGUUCGAAGCCGCGACAAGGGGGGAGAUUUUAACCGCGAAAAAAAAUGUAUUUUAAAGUUCGAGAAACGUCGGAAGGUGUUGUUUUUUAUUCAAAUUUUCCCCCCUUCGCGACUUGGAGCGUUUCGAUAGCCUGUAAUUUGUUUACUUUUUACAAGAAACCGUCGCACAAUUCUUUUUUUUUUCUUUUUUUUUCUUAGAUAAGAUAAACAAAAUGUACUAUUUAUAUACGCGUUCUUUAAUCUAAAAAAUAUUCAAACGAUAAGUUUUACGACUGUAUAAGCAUUUCUAGCGUGUAAGUUGCCUCUGUAAAUAAUUUAACGACGCGUGCGAGAGAACUAUUGCGAAGAGACCUCGCGAUUAUUUGCCCCUCCCCUCCCCUCCCCGCCGUGGAAACGAUUUUUUUUUUUGGAUAAAAUCAAUCAGAGGAUCUCGAACGUGCGAACGUGUCCACAUUGUACUUAAUCCUUAUUAACCCUUUUGCCCCUCGUUUUUCAUCUGCGACGAAUAAAUGACAACAACA